GUGGCAGUGACAUGCGGGGCCGGGCCUUCCGUGGGGGACUCGUGUCAGGCACACGCAGCACGUGGCCCCCUCCCCCCAGCCUGCGUGGGCGUGUGGCCAAGUGCCCCAAGUAUAGGAGAGGACGGUUGCCAUUUGCUGCAGGCUUCAAAAGCUCUGCGACAGUGGAGACUCAAGGGACCGUUCCCGACCUCAUUUUUUACAGAGACUCCGGCGACUCCAGUCCAUCGCUCGUGGAAAAUCUCAGGGUCAAAGCAGGAGGCACACCUUGAUGGCGCCCCUGGAGUCAGGCUCCUCACAGCUCUUCUUCGACAGCAGUGCGAUCGACGGCCCGUUCGAUGUCUACGAGUGCGGUACCUUGGCAGGCACCAGAGUCGUGCCAGAUCCACCUCCACCUGGAACCUCUUAUGGCAAGCAGAGAAGUUCCAGGAAUGCUAAAAAGGCUCGUCGUGUUCAUGGCUCUGAGGAGGUCGAGGACUGCUGGAACAGGCUAUUCUUGGAAGGAUAUCAAGCCGAUGUCCGCGUAUCGACGGGCGAUGGCAGCCAGAUCUUAUCGCAUUCGUGCAUUCUUGGCAUCAGAUCUCCGGUUCUGAGAAGUAUGUUGGAAGAAGCUAGAAUUGAACAUGGUUUCAGAAACAUCCUGAUUUCCGGUGUCCCAUCAGAAGCAGUCCGUGUCUUCAUCAGAUUUCUGUAUUCUUCACGCUUUGAGCAGGGUGAGAUGAAGAAGUAUGCCCUUCAUUUGCUCGUACUCUCUCAUGUUUUCUCGGUACAAUCGCUGAAGAUCGUCUGCACCGACCAGCUCGAGAGGUUUUUUCUUGCUCCUGAUAACGUGGUGGACGUUCUACAACUGGCUAGACUCUGUGACGCACCAAGGCUCUCGCUCAUCUGUACCCGUAUGAUCGUUGGAGAUUUCAAGACCAUCUCUCUGUCAGAAGGGUGGAAAGUGAUGAGACGGGCCAACCCAAGCCUGGAGCAAGAGCUUCUUGAGUUUCUUGUUGAAGUGGACACAAGAAGGCAAGAAAGAGCUAAAAGGAUGGAGGAAAAGAAGGUUUAUCUUCAGUUGUAUGAAGCUAUGGAAGCUCUUGUUCAUAUAUGCCGAGACGGUUGUAGGACGAUUGGCCCCUGGGAUCAGAAACUCAAGGGCAGUCAGGUUGUUUGCAAGUUUCCUGCCUGCAAGGGCAUCGAGUUGCUCGUGCGCCAUUUCUCGGCAUGCAAAAAACGUGUGCCUCGUGGCUGCGCCAACUGCAAGCGCAUGUGGCAGCUUCUUGAGCUGCAUUCUCGAAUGUGUUCCACACCAGACACCUGCAGGGUUCCUCUAUGCAGGCAUUUUAAGGAUAAAAUAUGGCAUCGGAGCAAGAAAGAAGAAAUCAAAUGGAACAUAUUGGUGUGUAAGGUCCUAGAGAGCAAUGCAACAAGCACAUCCAUCCUAAAAAUGAGGAAAACAUCAUCCUUGAUGCCGAAUGAAACUUGGCAUAUAGUUCAACAGUAAUAACACAAGCACAGAUCUUGUUUACUGCUUCUUUUAGGGAGCUUGGCGGAGUUGAGUAACUACAGUUGUGAAUCAUCUAGAUGAUUAUGUAGCAGCUACAAAUGAAAUUGCAGAUUUGAGUUAUAGAUGAUGGCGAAUGCAGACGGUGCUUUUGCCAGGAUCGGCAAUCAUAUGCUGGCAGAGUGCUGGCAUCGCGCUUCUA